AUGAGUGAUACACACAGUAUUGGUAGUGACAGUGUUGAUUCUGUUACUAACGAUAUCAAGCAGUUUAAUCCAAAUGAGGAUCUUGAAGCACAGGAUAAUGAGGAGAGACUCUCCCAACAUUUAUCCAGAAUCUUGUCUACUCCUGAAGGUAUCUCUAAGGUUGCUUCCCUUGCAAGAGUGUUAUCUACCAAGACAAAGGCAGAUUUGGACCACUUUGAGAUCAAUCCUGAGGAUUUUGACUUAAAGCUCUUGUUGAAAUAUUUGCAUGAAAGAGCAUAUGAACAAGGUAUUGAAUCUGCUCAUUCUGGUAUUGCCUUCAAGGAUUUGACUUGUUGGGGUAUCGAUGCAUCCGCUGCUUAUGGUCCUUCUGUUCCAGAAAUGUGUAGGGAUGCCUUCAAAUGGCCAUCCAAGUUUUUCAAAAAGGACUCGUCCCCUCAAAGACAAAUUAUUAGAAACUUCAUGGGUACUAUUGAACCCGGUGAAUUGGUCUUGGCACUCGGUAAACCCGGUGCUGGUUGUUCCUCCCUUUUGAAGGCCUGUGCUGGUGAAAUUGAAAACUUCACCCAUGUCGAAGGUACUUUCUCUUACGAUGGUUUGGACCAAGAAGAAAUGAUGCAAAAAUACAAAGGUUACAUUAUUUACAACCCUGAAUUGGAUUUCCACUUCCCAUAUAUCACAGUCAAGGAAACAAUCCAGUUCGCUCUUAGAACGAAAACUCCAAAGAAGAGAGUCGACAAUAUGAAGAGAGAAGAAUAUGUCGACAAUAUGUUGAAGUUAUGGUGUACUGUCUUUGGUUUGACCCAUACAUAUUCUACCAGAGUCGGUAAUGAUUUUGUUAGAGGUGUCUCUGGUGGUGAAAGAAAGAGAGUCUCCAUUGUCGAGGCAUUAUCUAUGAAUGCAUCCUUUUACUGUUUCGAUAAUGCAACAAGAGGUUUGGAUGCUUCUACCGCAUUGGAAUUCACACAAUGUUUAAGAACUGCUACUAAUAUGUUGAGAUGUGGUGCUUUGGUUGCUAUUUACCAAGCAGGUCAAAACAUUUACGAGUUGUUCGAUAAGGUUACUGUUAUCUACAAGGGUAAACAGAUCUAUUGGGGUCCAGCAAAGGACGGUGUUGCAUACUUUGAGAAAAUGGGUUACCAAAAGCCAAAUAGAAUGACUGCUCCUGAAUUCUUAACUGCUGUUACAUCUCCUUCUUCGAGGCAGAUCAAGCCAGGCUAUGAAGAUAAAGUUCCAGAUAGUGCAGAAGACUUUGAAGAGUAUUGGCAAAAUUCUCCAGAAUACGCUAAGUUGUUAGCUCAGUAUGAGAACUUCGUUUCUAACCACAAUGCUGAGGAAACUAGAGCUAGGUUAGCUCUUGCAACCUCCCAAAGAAAACAAAGUGGUCAAAGAGAUAAGUCUAUUUUUGUUAUCAAUUAUUUCCAACAGUUAAAGUAUUUAGUUAUUAGAGGUUUCCAAAGAACAAAGGGUGAUAUCACUUAUACAUUGGUCUAUUUAUCUUCCUUCGUUACUAAAGGUUUUGUUGUUGGUUCCAUGUACUACCAUAUUCCUAGAUCCACUGUUGGUGCUUACUCUCGUGGUGCAAUGUUAUUCUAUUGUUUGUUAUUCUGUGCGUUGACUUCCUUGGCUGAAAUUGCUAACUCCUUUGCAAAUAGAAGAAUCCUUGUCAAGCAAAAGUCCUAUUCCAUGUACCAUUUAUCCGCAGAAGCUUUACAAGAGAUGAUUACUGAAUUGCCAACAAAGGCGAUUGCAGUUAUUAUUUUAUCUUUGACAGCUUAUUGGAUGCCAAAUAUGAAGCAUGAAGCAGGUGCUUUCUUUAUGUUCUUCUUGUUCUUAUUAACUAUUCAACAAUGUAUGUCUUUCAUCUUCAAGCUUGUUGCUACUUUGACAAAAGAUGGUACUACCGCACAUGCUAUUGGUGGUUUAUGGGUUUUGAUGUUGUGUGUUUACUCUGGAUUCAUGUUGCCAUUACCAAAGAUGCAUCAUUGGAUUAAAUGGAUUCACUAUUUGAACCCGAUGUUCUAUUGCUACAACUCUUUGGUUGGUAAUGAAUUCCACGGUAAGACUUUAGAAUGUUCUAAAUUUGUUCCAUCUGGUCCGGGUUAUGAAAAUCUAUCACUAGCCCAUCAAAUUUGUGAUUUACCUGGUGCAAUUGCGGGCCAAGAUUUUGUUUCUGGUGAUGCAUAUAUCUUAAGACACUUUGAUUUUAGAUGGCACAAUGUUUGGAAAUACUGGGGUGUCAAUCUUUGUUGGACCGUUGGUUUCAUUGGCUUGAACGUUUUCAUGGCUGAAUUUGUUAAGAACGUUGAGGGUGGUGGUGAUAUGCUUUUGUUCAAGAGAGGUCAUAUGCCAGACACCUCCGGUGGUGAGGAAUGGGAUGGUAAGGUCGCAACUAGAGAAGAGAUGAUGCUUGCAUUAAAUGGUCCUAACGCAGAUCUAGACAAGAUUAUUGCAGAAGCAGAUAUUUUCUCUUGGAAAAACUUGGACUAUAUUAUUCCUUACGAAGGUGCAACAAGACAAUUGUUGUGUUCAGUUCAAGGUUACGUCAAACCGGGUACUAUGACAGCAUUAAUGGGAGAAUCUGGUGCAGGUAAAACCACCUUGUUGAAUGUUUUGGCUCAAAGAAUCAACUUUGGUACAAUUACCGGUGAUAUGUUAGUCAACGGUAGACCACUAGAUUCUUCCUUCAAGAGAAGAACUGGUUAUGUCCAACAACAAGAUUUACAUAUGGCUGAAUUCUCUGUCAGAGAAUCAUUGAAAUUCGCAGCUGAUUUGAGACAACCAAAGGACGUCCCACAAUCUGAGAAGUACGAUUAUGUCGAAAAGAUUAUCAACUGUUUGGGUAUGGAUAAAUAUGCAGAAGCAAUGGUUGGUAAAAUUGGUAGGGGUUUGAACGUCGAACAGAGAAAGAAGUUAUCUAUUGCUACUGAAUUAGUUGCUAAACCAUCAUUGUUGUUAUUCUUGGAUGAACCAACUUCUGGUUUAGAUUCAGAAUCUUCCUGGUCUAUUGUGCAAUUUAUGAGAGCUUUAGCAGAUUCAGGUCAAGCUAUCUUAUGUACCAUUCAUCAACCUUCUGCUACUUUGUUUGAAGUUUUUGAUAGAUUGUUGUUAUUGAAGAAGGGUGGUAAAACUGUUUAUUUUGGUGACAUUGGACCAAACUCUUCUAUUAUGUUGGACUAUUUUGAGAAACAUUCUGGUGUUAAAUGUGGUGUUUCAGAAAACCCUGCAGAAUAUAUUUUGAAUUGUAUUGGUGCCGGUGCAACUGCAUCUGCGGCACAAGACUGGUCCGAAUUAUGGAACAAUUCCCCAGAAUGUGAAAAGGUUACUGCUGAAAUCGAACAAUUACAUCGUGAGUUGCCAAGUAGACCUGUAAACAACCAAGUUGGUGAUUUAACUGCAAAAUAUGCAACCACUUAUGACCAACAAUUCUGGUUUGUCUUGAAGAGAACUUACUUGCAAUUCUGGAGAUCCCCAGUUUAUAUCAGGGCUAAAUUCUUAGAAUGUGUUUGUUGUGCUUUAUUCGUUGGAUUGUCUUAUGUUGGAUUUGAUCAUACUGUUGCUGGUGCGCAAGGUGCGUUCAGUUCUGUUUUCAUGUUAUUGUUGAUUUCCUUAGCUAUGAUUAACCAAUCCCAUGUUUAUGCUAUUGAUUCAAGAGAAUUAUUUGAAGUUAGAGAAAGUUUGUCGAAUACAUUCCACUGGUCAUGUUUGCUAAUUUCUCAUACCUUUAUUGAAAUCUUUUGGUCUGUUCUUUGUCAAUUUGUUUGUUACAUUUGUUACUAUUGGCCAGCACAAUAUUCUGGUAAUGCAGAUAAGGCAGGUUUCUUCUUCUUCAUUUACGUUUUGAUUUUCCCAAUCUAUUUCAUUUCCUAUGGUUUGGCCAUCUUGUACUUCUCCCCAGAUGUUCCAUCAGCAUCUAUGAUUAACUCCAAUUUAUUUGCUUCCAUGUUGUUAUUCUGUGGUAUCUUGAAUCCAAAGAGAUGGUCUCCAAAGUUCUGGUCUUUCAUGUACGUUGCUUCCCCAUUCACAUAUUUUGUCCAAGCUUUCGUUGGUACUAUCCUUCACGACAGAGAACUUAUAUGUGCAUUUGACGAAUACAAUAUCAUGGAUCCACCUGAAAAUCAAACUUGUGGUGAUUUCCUUUCUGCUUACGUUGAACACAACGGUGGUUAUAUCGCAAACCCAACUGAAGAUACCCAGUGUAAGUACUGUCCAUACACUAAACAAGAACAAGUUGUUUUACAAUAUGGUAUCAAAUGGAACCAACAUUGGAGAAAUUUUGGUAUUGCAUGGAUCUACAUCAUUUUCAAUUUCUUUGCAAUGUGUGCUGGUUACUACAUCUUGAGAGUCCGAAACUUCUCUAUUUCAGAAUUAUUCAAUGUCAAGAAAUGGUUUGAAAAGGCAAGAGUCGACAGACAUGAAAAGGAUACCACUAUUUUUGCACCUCAAGCCGGUGACAAUAAGGUUUUAGUUGCAAAGAAAAAAUAA